AUGCAGCAGCUUCUGGGUGAUAAGCCUGGUUCGUUCGACGAAACAUUUCUCAGGGAACUCUUCCUCAAACGCCUACCCAGAAGCGUCCAGAUGAUCCUCGCCUCCGCCGAGGGUUCUUCGCUGGAUGCUCUAGCCCGGACAGCAGACAACAGCAUUGACAUCGCUUCACCUACCAUUGCUGCAGUGGCUCCUCUUCCUGACACCAUUUUAGCCAUUUCCAAGGACGUGGCGGAUCUACGCGCGGAUGUCGCACGACUCCAUCAGAUGCUGCAAGAUCUAACCACCCGCCCUGCCCGCGCUCGGUACAACAGCGGUAGCCGAUCUCCUGUCCGUCGCCGUUCCCCCUCACCUGCGCAGGCCCCCGGGGUAUGUUGGUACCACGGGUGUUUCGGAAACCAGUCGACUCGCUGCACGAAGCCGUGCACGUACGAAGAUUUGCCGGAAAAUGCCCACAGCCAGCGCUGA